AAAACAGGCAACAGUCCACUCUGCCAGCUCAGCUGACAGCAGCAGCGGCGGCAGUACUCUGGCAGCCUAUAACCAUGGCAGACUCUGUAAGUAGCGAAGAAGUAGCCGUGAUUAGUAAUACCGACAUCACUUCCACGGAAUCUGAGAACAACAUCAUAAAUACGAUGGUGGAAAGAGGGACGGCUUUGUUGAGGAAACUGGAGAUAAAUGUGGCAGAGGCAGAGAAGAGAACAGGGAAGAACACUGUUAACAUGCAGGAAACAUACACUGUGUACCUCAUUGAAAUACGGCCUGCUGAAACAGAGGGAGGGACACCAGCGGCACCUGACACUUUGUGGAGACGCUACAGUGAGUUUGAGCUUCUCCGAACUUACCUGUUGGUCACCUAUCCCUACAUUAUCAUCCCCCCGCUACCAGAGAAAAGGGCCGAGUUUGUGUGGCACAAGCUUUCAGCAGACAACUUGGAUCCAGACUUUGUUGAGCGGCGGCGAGUUGGCCUGGAAAAUUUCCUGUUGCGUGUUGCAUCACAUCCAGUCCUCUCCAAUGACAAAAUUUUCUUCCUCUUUCUUACAGAGGAAAAGGGAUGGAGAGAUGCGGUUUUGGAAACAGGCUUCCAAGACAAGGCUGAUUCCAGACUCAAGUCUCUGAGUGCAAUGUUCAGGGUCAAGAAUCCUGACAAGCGGUUUACAGCACUGAAACAGUACAGUGAUGAACUGAACACCGUCAUCUCUCAGUUACUCAGAAUUCGAGCGCGAGUAGCAGACAGGCUAUAUGGAGUUUACAAAGUCCAUGGUAACUAUGGCAGAGUUUUCAGUGAGUGGAGCGCAAUAGAGAAAGAGAUGGGAGAUGGACUGCAGAGUGCUGGACACCACAUGGACACUUAUGCUGCAUCAAUUGAUGACAUUCUGGAGGAGGAAGAGCACUUUGCAGACCAGCUGAAAGAAUACCUCUUCUACACUGAUGCCGUCAGGUCAGUGUGCAGAAAACAUGAGCUGAUUCAGUAUGAAUUGGAGAUGGCAGCUCAGGACCUUGUCCAAAAGAAACAACAGAAAGAAGAGCUGGCAACCGGGACGGUGCGAAUCUUUUCUUUGAAGGGAAUGACCAGCAAAUUAUUUGGCCAAGAGAGCCCGGAGCAAAAAGAGAGCAGGUUAGCAGCCCUGGAGCAGAGUAUUCAGGAAGGAGAGGAAACGGUCAAGGAGAAGAACACCGAGUGCCAAGAGUUUGUGCGAGCAGCAUGGGACGACAUCGAACGUUUUAAGGAGCAGAAGGACAAAGAUUUGCGUGAGGCGCUGAUAAGCUACGCCAUUAUGCAGAUCAGUAUGUGUAAGAAGGGAAUCCAGGUGUGGUCCAAUGCCAAGGAGUGUUUCAGCAAAAUGUGAGCCAAACCUUCCAAAGCGAUCGUACUUUGCACCAAAACUAUACUCUGAUUGUACAGACUAGGACCAACAGCCAGUGAUUAUACUGUAGUCCUGUGGAGAUAGGUGGGAGCCCACAUGCUGCCUUUAAUUUGUUUUGCUAUGCUCAGUUGAAGCACACACACAUUAAAAAAAGUGAAAGUGGAACAAUGCCUCUUUAACUUCAAGUGUCUUAAUAGCACCUUUUCCUUGAUUUUCUGACCUUCGUACUUCAGACAGUCCAAAUACACACACUCAUCCUUAGUUGCGCUUUCAUUGACAUGUCCAGGAAGACAAUGUGGCAUUAUCAUUGCACAAUGGCAAUAUCCAUGGGAUUAUCCAUGCAGUAUAUUUCAGUUGUUAGCUCUCUCAGUCAUUCACCAUGAAUAACACAGAGCAGUAUACUAGUUUAUGAGUUGACACAGGCUGCACUUUUCAAACAGUGGUUCAUGUGACUCGUUUUAGAGUUGCCUGCCUUGAUGAAAGGAUCUUUACAUGUUACCUUUCAACCCUCUCCAGAAUCUCCUUGCAUAAAGGUUUUCAUACUAUUUGAUUAUUAUUUGAUAUUGAUUACUAUUUGAUUUUAGGUGAUUAAUGGCAAAA